UCAUUCCCUUGAUUGUCCACUUUCCUCUGUCGAUUUAUACUAUUUCAUACGGAGGGCCUUCAAAGAUACGAUAUACAUCUUUACGAUUGAUUGUCUUGAUACAGCAGACCUCCCCGGUUGACUCAUCGGCGCACGCUGCAUCACCCUUCAGCCUCACCUGUGGACCGUCAGACCAAUAUGCCUCAGACCGUCAUCGCGUUCGACCUCUUCGGUACGAUUCUGUCGACCGACUCGAUUGCCCAGAAGCUGGCAGAGAUAUAUGGAAAAGACGAUGCUACUCGUAUCGCUACCGAGGCCAGGCGGCUGCAGCUGGAGUACACAUGGCGCUGCGUCAGCAUGGGCACUUACAAGCCUUUUGACCAGUUGACGCGAUUUUCAUUCCGCCAGGCCGUCCAUCAGAUCGUUGGAAAGGAACUCAGCUCAGAGCACGAAGAAGCCAUCAUGGACGCGUACAACCAUCUCAGCGCCUACCCAGAAGUGGACUCUGCUCUGUCGUCGCUCUCGUCACACUCUGAACUUGAUGCGUACAUCUUUUCGAAUGGCACCCAGCAGAUGCUCACAUCGGCCUUGUCCUCGUGGUCCAUCUUCCCGCCCGAGAAGGUCAUCUCGGUCGACAUUGACGCGCUCAAAACCUUCAAGCCUGCCCCCAAGGUCUACGAGUACGUCACAACAGUCACGGGGAUGCAGUUCACGCCCGAGCGAGUGUGGCUCGUCAGUUCGAACCCGUUUGACGUGCUGGGCGCCGUGUCGAACGGGUUGAGGGCGUGCUGGGUUGACAGGACGGGUCAGGGGUGGAGGGAUGGAUUGGCGCAUAGUCUGGGCAAGGAGCCAACCCUGAUUGUCAGGGGCGUCGACGAGGCCGUGACGAAGAUUAUGCAGGCACAGUGAUCGCAAUGAGAUCGAUGAGCCAAGGAUCUGUCGAGCUUGAGAUCUUCAGGGUCUUAUCUAUCGGGGCUGAUAUACAUAUAUAUAAUA